AUGGCCUUUUCAGCGCUGCGCAGCCUUCGACCGCACCAGGCGCGAGCCAUGUUCACUGGCGGUAUGCCUCCUGGUGGACGCAUGCCCGGAUUCUGGGUCAGCGCGCCAAGCAUCAUCCCCGCCUUCAGAAAGGGCGAAGACAAAGUUCCCGUGGAGAUGUUUUCUAUUGAUUGCCGACCAUACAAGCCAGGAACUUGGGGUGAGAUGGAGCUGUUUGAUCGCAUGCAGUCGACCUAUGACCGGUAUGGCGUUGUGAGGCUGACCAACACAGGUCUGAAGGACCCAGAGGCAAUGCGAAGAUAUGCGCGUGCUGUCGUGAAAAAGCAGAUGGCCUAUGAAGGGGGUGCCAACCCCCGUGAGGGCAUCAUCCAGAACGUGUUUGAGGUGGGCGCCCCAAAUGAUGCGUGGCUCCACUACCACCACGAGAUGGCUUACAAUCAACACAGCAUGAAGAAUCUUGCAUUCUGCAGCAUCAAGGCGACGCAGGGCAAGGGCGACACCUACCUUUCUGAGAACCUGAGCGUCACUGACUCACUCAUGCAGACCGAGCUUGGAAGAAAGCUGCGCGACUUGGGAGUGUGCUACAUCCGCUGCCUGACCGACCGUGAAGCAUACGAGGGUCAGGGCUGGAUGGAAGGUGCAGCGGUCUACAACCACUGGCAGCUGUCCUUUGGGGCUAAGACACCUGAGGAAGCAGAAAAGAAAGCCCGUGAUUGUGGACUUGACGUAGAGUGGUGUCAAGACCCUCUGAAACCUGAGUCCCAGCGAUACAUGAAGACAAAGCUCGUGAUCUCCGCCUUCGAAUAUUGCCCAUCAGUUGACCGCAAUGUCCUGUAUAGCAGCAUCGCAGAUCACAAUGCCUGGUUUGAUACAUGGAAGGGCGUUCAUGAUGUGCAUCCUGACAAGCGCCCCCUGCAGAUGACCUUUGGCGAUGGGACUCCGUUCAGUGUAGAGGAGUUGCGGCAAUGGGUUAGCUUGUAUGACGAUGGCGGCAUUCGCGUGCAGUGGCAGCCGGGUGACAUCGUCGCGUUCUGCAACUACCGCUACGCCCAUGGCAGGCCGGCUUUCCACCUGCACCGCUGGGAGGAACGGCAGAUUGGAGUCGUCCUGGGGGAGAAGUUUGAACGCGUGGGCACAAUGGACAGCAAGUGGUGA